UAAAACGAAUAAUAACAAAUAUGGAAGAAGAUACGAGGUAUUUUGAAGGUUGUGGUCAUGAAGGACCUAUAAGGUGCAUAUUUUUAUGCGAAUUUCAUCCUGUAGCGGGACCGAAAAUAACCUGUCAGGUUCCAGAAGAAUAUGUGUCAAAAGAAAUAUUUGAUGCCGUUAGUGUCUACAUAAUCCCCAAACCACAACUUCAGAGGAGCAUUCUUACAGUUAAUGUGUUAGGUUACAAAAUUACAGGAUUCCCUGUAAGGAUAGACAACACGAAAUAUGCAAGAAAUGCCUAUUAUUUCAAUUUGUGUUUUGUAUGUGAUGCUUGGGCUCGAACUGUGCAGUAUGAACCGGUCGUGAAGAAGUUGUCAGAAUAUCUGAUGACAAUGGAACAGGAAACAGGGUUUUUAUCUAAUGAAAAUAAAACUGAAAAUGAGAAAGUAAGACUUCCAGCAAUAUUGAAGCAAAUCCUUGAGGAUUUAAAUUGUCACAAAAUGACAACUGUCAUUGAAGGUACCACAACAAUGCAUCUAAAAGUUGUGAAAGUUGCAUCAGAUCCACCCCAUGUAUCAGACCACCACGUUCCUAUUUUCAUCGUGGACCAGAAUAUGUACCGAGAACAACAGUGGGACCUUACAACCCAGCAGGUUCUCCCCUAUAUCAAUGGAUUUAACCAUGUUGCAAAAAUUGCGGCUGAGGCUGAUGUGGAGAACAAUCUCGUCAAGGCUUGUGUUCAGAAUCUCGUAUAUUAUGGUGCUGUGAAACUUAUUCCAAUAUUUCAGUAUUGUAAUGUGUAUGCUGCAACACCAGAGCUCAGGUAUCUUGCUGGCAGCAAGAAAUUCCAAGAAGAAUGCUUGCUAUAUGUUUCUAAACUGGACAGUAACCCACCGAAUCUCCGAGAUGUUUUCAUGAUGUAUUGCAGCAUGACCCAUGGAACAACUCUCCGAGACUUGUGUGUUCGUUUCAAUCCUCAAGCACUUAGAAUUGAUGAGAGAAAAUUAGUUCAGUUUGGACUCUUACAUAAACUGAUCCGUCGAGUUCACAAGUAUCCAGUAUUUGUAGAGGGGAAGAGCCACCUGAAUCAUAUGACACCGCUAGAGCAAGCAUUUUCAGGUCUGGCUUCUUCGGAUGAGAUAUGCUGCAUCACUGGGUUAAGUAGCCAGCAACUGGAUGAGGAGAUCGAAUGUAAUCCUGGUGUCACAGUUAUAUGGAAGUGACUGAUAAUGUCACAAAACUAUACAUUCAGUAUUAUUGAAACAUAUAUUAUUUUAUAAUAAGCUUGCAUAUAUUUAAAACAAUUUUGUAAUGUGGGCACUGGGGGGAGUGGACGAGACAUGGAAGUAUCCACAGUACAAACCAGUGCCUUAUAAGGACAUGUCAUGUAAAUGCUCAUCUCAUGAUUUCACAAAUGGGGCUGUCUACAUCAGUGUUCCACAACCUUUUUCUACUCGUGGCACACCAAACUGUUAUUCCCCUCAAAAACACAUGAUAUCAACAAUAUAAAUACGU